UUAUGUCAAGUGAUUGUAUCAGAGCGCGGUCUUCAACUUCAGUAUUUUACCUCUUUUAGACAAAGUUACAUAUAUACAUUCAUUAAGGAACAUUGAGAAACGCGCAGUUUGGCUUUGUUUGAAUACCUGCACCGCAUAGGGUUAAACAUUCACUAAAAAUAACGUGAAAAAAAGAACAACGAUUAAAAAACUGAAAAAAACAAGAUGAAACGCAAUACAAUAAAAUUGCACCUGCGUUUAACGUCGAUCCCUAUUUUCUUUAUCUUGUUCAAAUUUAUUCAUUCGUGGACUAGACUGUUCUAAACUUAAGUGUUUUCAUUUUUUCUAUACCAUACACUUAUUAAAGUAAUUCUGCAGAAAACAAAAAUAACCUUGAAUAUCAUUUAUUUUCAAGACCUUCGAGCGGUCUUGUAUGUACGUGCUCUGGGUAAUGUCAAGUUGGAUUAUGUUACAAAUACAUUUGGCAGAGUAAAGCAGAAUUAGCAUUCUGUCACCUUGAAGAUAAGAUCUCGAAUUUAAGCAUCGAGUCAUGUUUCCAGAAACUGCCUCAGAGGGAAGAAAUAGGAGUCAUCAAGUACAUAUAUUUGAAAGAAUGUCGGUGGUUUUGCGCAGAACACUCACUUUCAACUUGAUAACUGGACCGACUGUAUCGCUCUGAAACACGAUCCGCCAUUAUGCCGGGGCAGGUGCGUGUAGUAUCUAAUAAACGACUGUACGUUAUUUGAAGUAGUCAUUGCUCUGUUUGUCAGUUGAAGAAAGCUCGCAACACAGCUUUCCACUGAAUCUUUCGCAAUAGCACAAAAUCGUAUCAACUGAGUAAAAGAUAAAACUGCUUUUGACACUUAUGAACCCUGGUCGAUUGGGACUACACGGCAUCCCAUUCCUCACCAUCGCGGUUCACGAUGCUAGCACUUGCCGAGGAAGAUUUCUGCGGCUCCACGCCAAGCCUUUUCUUGCAAAUAUAUAACAAAAUGGCGGCGAGAAGAAAAACAAUAAGUCCAACGAGGCCAAGAAUAGCAGGGAGCUACGGCUGAACAAAGGCGACCAUUUGAUGAGCUGAGCUGGCAAAAGAUGUUGCACAGGUGGAAGGGGCUGUCUGGAUGCUACACAUCCUACAGUGUCCGAUGGUAUAGUGUGACCGAUGGUGUAGUGUGGCCGAUGGCAUAGUGAUCAGGGUAACUGAUCAGGGUAACCACUGAUCGGGGUAACGGACCGUAGGGCGGCUGUUACUCGUCUAUCUUCAUUCAAGCAGUAAAUUGCGCUUACACUUUGUGUAACAAUGUUUUACACGGAACGCCGGUGAGUUCAUAUUGCAGCUUAUAGGCGGUGGAGCAGCGGGGGAGGCGGUGCAGGGGGGCCGUAGCCUCCCCUAAACGAAAAUUCGGGGGAAGCAGCUCCCCAAGCAUCGCCUUGCCGGUGAUAAUAUCGUUAGCGCAGCAUAAAAUUGCUUUCCUAAAAUAUUCAAGCUCGUGAUCUUUUAUUUUCAAAAAUCGUUUCAUCAUGAUCGCGCUUUGCUUGUGUCAAAAAAUGUACGAAAAGGACAUUUUGAAGAAUUUUAAGAGGGUUAUACGCUUGCCUUGCUUUUGGUAUACGAUGUGCACCCCACCCACCACUUUCCUUCUUUCUGUACCUACCGCCAAAAUGCCUCAGUUUUUCUUGUAAUCAGAGAUCGGUAUCUAUUCCAAAUGAUUUUGAAACUGGCCAGAUGACACCAACUGUCGGAACCGUGACGUGCUGUUGUUAGUAGCGUUUGUCGUGCCGAUUAUCAUACUCAGAUAUAUUUUGUUUUGUGUCGUCCCGACUAACCUCCCUUGGCUCUCAUAAACACGAAGUUGUAAAGGAAUACCAAUUACAUUUUGAAUAAGUCAUUGCAUAAGUUUAAUAUCAUAUAUACUGUAGGAGAAGGAUAUCAUUACUUCACGAAAGAAUUUUGCUCAUUCAGUUAUAUCGCACAGAAGUCAAGCAGUCGAAUCCCAUUCCAGCCUGAUUUUGUUGUUGUUGUUGUUGUUUUCGAUUUUUGUUGUGACUAUCAUGUAGAGUGUGAAGUUCAUAACUGGGACGAUCUUACAUGAAGUAUGAUCGAAAAUGUUGUGUGCGAUGUAUUUCAUAUUUACAAUCCAGGAAUAGUGAACGCUUGUCUCAGAGAAAAACGAAUUACAAUCCGGCUGCGAGUAUCGUUCCGAAGGGAGAGAAUGAUUCCUCGUCAAAGAGGCGACUAGAAAGAAAUAUUUAAAAGCCAAGAUCCCAACAGGGUACUUUUUGUAAGAGGUCACUAUGGUCGACAAUGUCAACAGUUAAAAAUAAUCAUCAUCAUCAUCAUCAUAGUUGCAAUAAAAUUAUUACAAGCAAAAAUAACCAUAUUAAUAACAGCUGGUGGAACUGAGGAAGUAUAUUCUUGCAUAUUAAUUUGUUGAAGUUAAAUUACACAUGUCUUGUGUGUACGAAAACUGCAUUUUCAUUGCGAAAACACGUAAACAGCUCCGCUGAGACUAAAGUUAACCAAGAUAGAAGUUCCGGUAAGAUCAAAGGAAAGACUGUUUUCAAAGGAAAGAAAGAAAUAUUUACAUUUGAACAUUUAUUCGUCGUGGGUGAUAGUUCCGGGGCCCCAUCAGUCGGCCUGACAAGUAAGGGAUUUUCUUUCUUUUGAGUUUACUUACUGAAAGUGCAUUUGGGGGGUUAUUCAAAUAAACUAGUUUUAAUUAAAACCUAGGAGAUUUUUACAGUAAUACAGUAAUUAAAGUGUAGUGACCAAGGUGUUCCACAUGGGUGGUUUUAUCAGAUAGACAGUCUUUUUGUGGCAAAGGAGGCUUCAUUUUUGCUUUGCCAACGAAAACGACCGCAUCUGGUGAGUGGGAACAGGAUUAUCAAGAGAUUCAAGCUUCAAAAGAUUUAAUUUGGUUGGAGAACUUGGCCAACGCAAAAGCUAAGAGCUUCAUCGUAAGUCUUUUAGCUCAUCGUCUCGACUUAAAGGGGCAAAAAUAUUAUAACAAUUGUACAGAAAACAUCGAGGACUAAAGGAAGAGGAAGAAGAAGAAAAACAAAAACAAAAACACAAUGACCCAGGGUCUCGAAGAUAGAAAUACAGCGACUGUGGUUUCAGAGACUGCCAUAUUUUCGGUGGUGAUGAUUCUUUCACUCGUUGGAAAUCUUCUGGUCUGCUUUGCUGUAUACAGAAACCCGAGGCUACGCUGUCCAAGUAACUACUACAUCAUCUCCUUGGCUAUGAGCGACAUUCUACAAGCUCUGUGCACGAUGCCACUAUCUGUUGCUUUCCUAGCAUCAAGCAGAUGGCCGUUUGGGACUUCUCUGUGUUAUGUCUCGGCCGUUUCGAAGUUAUCCCUGGCGAAAAUCUCCUUAUACACAAUGGCACUCAUGGCACUGAACAGAUAUUACAAAAUUGUGAAGGCGUCCAAGUAUCAAGCUACAUUCAAAAAGAAAUUCAUCAUUCUAACUACGUCGAUGGCCUGGGUAACUCCAAUUUUUGUAUGGCUUCUCGCUGCGUUUGCGUUCGGUUUCAACGCCGAACCAAAACCGCAGUUUGGAGUUUGCAUACUGGACUUUCAUCAGUUAGUUGGUUUCGCUAUGCCUUCUCUGAUCGUUUUCUUUUACUUGCCCUAUUUUAUCAUCGCUUUUUGUUACUGGAACAUUUACAGAGUGGUUAACACGCACAAUUCCAGUGUGUCCUGGCAAAGUUCAAACAUUCACGAUAUUAAGGUUAGCAAGACUUUGUUCGUCACAGUCAUCGGCUUUGCUAGUCUUUGGAUGCCAGCCCAUGUUAUUCUCAUCACGUCAAUUCAAGUAACACUACCACGUGAGCUCACACUUCUUGGAACCCUCCUGGUUUUCUCGUCGAGUUGUGUCAACCCUUUCAUUUAUGGUUUUAUGAAUCGUGCAUUCAAACACGAGUUCAAGAAAUGUUUGAUGCUAAAAAGAAUGCACCGAGUAAGCCCGUAAUUUAGUUCAGAACGUAACAAAAUAAAAUCUUUUCUUGGCCAACCCUAAAGUAUUGCGGACUUCCGAUCUCUUGUGAUUUGCGGGCUCCGUUCAUUUUGUGUUUUGAGUUCUGCAGAGGUUUUUACGCCAAUUUUGGUGUCAAAAAUUGGAACAGAAUUGAACAAUCUGUCAGAGAUACACCUUCACAGAAGCGCUUUUAAAUGGAAAUCCAAAGAAAAAUGACAUUAAAAAACUCCGUUAAUGAACAUUUUAAUGCACGUACUGAUUUAUUUAUUUAUUAUCAGGUUUACCCUCUGGUUUAAGAUUAGCUUAGGGAGGGCCAUUAUGUAAAGUACUGAGUCAUCAGUAAUUAAUAUUACCCUCUAAAAUAAAAUGUUAUUAUUAUUAUUAUUAUUAUUGUUAUUAUUGUUAUUU